AUAAAAUAAACUUACCUACCUGUAAAUAUUUUGCCAAUGUUUAUUUGAAAAAUUCUAAGCCGGCAAAGUGGACACAGAAUGGAAGCUAAUAAAUCUGUUAAAUGCCCUUCUCCAACGUUAUCGGAACUCAACUCAUUAAAAAAAUCCAGAAAUGUCUCAUUAAAACGUAAACGGUGUGAAAGUGAUAGCAUCAUCAGCAGUGAUGAUGAUCUUGAUGAACUUCCAGAAAAUAUUCUUCAAACUGAAAAAAUACUAAAUGCAUCUGCCAUCAAAAACAACUUGAAUGAAACUGGUGUUAGAAAAAUUAUAAAAACAGUUGUAAAAAAUGAUCAUGUAUUAGCUUAUGUCAAACUACGUGAAGAAGAAGAGAUGGAGAGUGGUACUCAAGAAAGAGAAGUGCCAACUAAGAUCACUCGAUCAAAGGCCAAGGAGCUAAUGAAAGUAUCACCGAAAAUCGCUUGGAAAAUUCCAGUUGAUUUAUGUCCAAUUAAACACAUACCUGUCAAAACAAGGCCUGAGGUGAAAGCUCUGAUAGCCCAAGAGUUACCUGAAGAUGAAGAUGAUGAUGAAUAUCAACCAACAGCAGAUGAUAUCCCGAGUGAUGAUGAUCAGGCAGAGUCAUGCAGCGAUCUGGACUCUCAACCGAGGACUCCGGCCACUCCGGGCAAACAAAAGAGUCCUAAGGUUGUUCAAGAUGGACCAUUUAAAAUACCACAGACAGCAUCAGCAGCGAAACGGAAACUUGAACUCGACGAGGAGGAAGCAACUAUAGCCCGUCGCACUCGCUCCAAGCUCUCUCUCUCUUCAACUCCCAUAGAGCACAUAGAAAGUACUUUUGUACCACCAGAUGACAUACCCAUGCCUGUGGACGAUGACCUCUGGAAUCAGUUCUUGAACGAGUGCCUGAACCCAGCUUCCACAUCUAGAAAUGAAGAUGAUGACGAAGCAGACCCCGAGUAUAAUGUAGCUGCUGAUCCUGACGCCAACGACGAAGACGAAGACAAUCUCAGUAAGAGCAUAAUAAAGAUAUCGAAGAAGGAACUGAACGAUCUGGUCACGGAGCUGUUCAAUUUUAUGCCCGAAUCCACGGAGGACGUGCAGCUCGCGGAGAACUUGGCCAACAGCGUGCUCACGGGCAACGCGCGCACCGAUGUCUCACACUGGGAAGGGAAGCAGGAACCCACGUCGGACGAUGAAACGCUCAAAACGUUACACGAAAACUAUGAAAACGCAUGCGCAGGGAAGAAACAAGUGGAAGAUAUACCGGAGCACGGUUAUUCAGAUUCGAACGGAAAAGAAAUAUCCGUGGACAAGGUUCAGGGCGGACAGGGAAACAACAAAUCUAUGGAAACUAAUAAACUUAAGGAGAGGGGAAAGCUGACGCCUUCAUUGCCAAAGAAACGCCAAGUAGAUAUAAUGAUCAGAGAAGAAGACCCGGUGUCCAUGAAUUUGUCCAAAGCUCCGCCGUCGUUGAGGAAGUUCGGGGAAACACAAGAUAAAGAAUCUUACAUUGUACACGUACAUGUCAGUCCUGGAGUCACUGUGCUGCCUCAACAAGUCCUGUUGCUGCAACAACAGCUGCGUCAGCACAUCCAGCUGGCCGCUUCGAACUUCCUCCAGAUCUUCAUACAUCCGUAUCACUGGAGCUAUGCGUCAGAUUAUAAAGAAUAUUUGGAGACUUUUAUAAAAAUGUACGAUGCGAAUCCGAAUACAGUAGCCAAUGUGUGCAAUCUUCAGCCGGCAUUAGAAUUAGUGACAUCCUGGGAGAAGAACAUGGCUAAAGACACUCCAGAAAACGCAGAGGUUGUCAAGUUUUACCAAGAGCAAUGCAGCAAAAACCUCCAGCGCGUGCUCACGAACACGGCGCUACUGUGCGAGUUCCACGCGACGUUCAAGGAGAUCGUAUCGAACAGCACGGUGUUCCUCUACCCGCACCUGCUGCCGCCGGCGCCGUACCGACCCGACGUCGUCAGGAGGAGGAACUACGUUCGGUCGGAGGACGAGUUGAUCGCGUUAGGCCUCGAUCAAUUUUGGCAGUACGUCGAGAGCAACACUGACUUGUUCAAGAUCCGCAAGGCUCAGAGGCCGUGGAACCGGCCUGGGCUGGCGGCCGCCGUAGAUCUCGUGGCCCGCCACAUGUUUCCCUGGACCACCGGGAGGCUGCUCGUCACGCAUAUACUCAAAGUCAGGCAUUACGGAGACAUUAGUAAUCCUAUUACGAAAUUCUUGAAAACUGGUCAAGUGACGCCGGUCGCUCACCGCCUCCUGCCUUUCAACCCUAAGAUGACGCUCUACGAACAUUCCGAAACGGAAAUGCCAAGGAUAUGGAUACGACACCUCGCCAAGAAAUGCAAGCGAUUCAAAUUUAACUUGCAUCGAAGCACCGUGGUGCCCAUCCAACCACCGGCAGGGGUACUGGUUGACUUUGAAAAGCCCUUGGAAGUUCCGCAAAAAGUUCCCUUACCGAUCGACUUGGUAACGGACGAACCUCAGAAGAACAAGCAAAGAACCGGGGCUUUACCCGAUCCGGGAAUAUUCAGUAGCGUGGCGACAGAGACGCCGUCGACUGAGGUUCUGCUGGCGACCAACAUAUACAGCAUGGUGGAAACGUCCACGGGACCGGUGUUGAUACCUUUAAAACUUCUACAAAGCACUAACACAGUCAACGCAGUGCAAUCUCCCGUGACCACAGCCGCUGUCGUCAGCGCUACAGCGCAGCCGCAACACGAGAACAGGACGGAGCUACCGGAGAAAGAGACAGCAACACAAUUAGAACGUAACCACUGCCAGUGUUGUACGAUUAUGCAGAAGAUAACCAAAGGGAACCAAAAACAAAUAACAGAUUAUUUUAGCCAUAAAAAUCCGGUGAAAAGUAAAAAAUGUUUUUGCAGUGAUGUAUCGCAUCCAAAGAUAUCGAACAGGUUAAAGAUUUUUGUGAAGAAUUACAAGUGUCAGUGUGAAACUCUGUCGCAGGAGAUAGAGUACCGAUCGAAUAGUGAUGUGAAAGUUAGUAGCGAAAUGGACGGUUCGAACCCAGAAGAUCUCGCAUUUGUAACGUCAUAUCAAAUACGUUUAACAAUGCGGAUGAGCCACAAAAAAUCGCGCCUAAAGAAUCGGAUACACACGAUAUUCUCACAGUUCGACGCCGACAGCGGGAACCCAGUGAAGCUGGCCAAAACACUGCACAGAGCUGUUAACAGUAAGUUAAUGGACGUUUACACGGAUUUCCUCGGUUUCCUGACGCCCGAGCAAGCGGAGGAAGCGGACGUUUUCAAGAAUUACCUGGCCAGCCACAUCAGGGACGUCCUCAGGAUAAUCGAUGAAGAAGUAACAGUUAAAGAGAAACGAAAUGUCAUACUUUCGGAACUGAAGUCGAUACUGUACGGUCCAUUCAAACACAAGCCGUGCGAGAUGUGCUCUUUGCUGCUGAAGACCAUGGAAGGACAUCCGCGUCUCGCCCAACACUGGUUCUCUCUGUUCUCACACAAACGCGAGCAAAGAUCAAAUCAAGAAAGAUGUACCAGUAAAGUUAUUAAUGAGUCGCAAAAGCAAAUUGCUGGGACAGUUGCCAGUUCAGUAAGUGACAAUACGAAUGCAGUUAAAAUUGUUCCAUUGCAUAAGAAGAAUACUCAGACAGCCACCGAUCCAUCAGAUGAUAAGAGUGAUUCAAACGAAGAUAGUGGCGAAGAAUCAUCAUCAAGUGAUGAUGGCGAAGAAGAGAACAUCGUAGAAACAACCAACCAAACAACAAACCAGGACAUAGAAAACCAUAUUAUUAAAAUCGAAGUCGUUGAUGAAAGCGAAGACACCGACCUGCUAAGGACGGAACACAGAACAGAGGUCGUUGAACCCAUGCUUAUAGCGGAGGAGGAUGUCAAAACGGAAGUCGAAUGGAAACGCGACGAAGACAAAAUAAUCCUUGAGGUCAUAAAACAUUUUAUUGUUUCGCAAAACGGGAGCGACAAAAGUAUUCUAGAAAUCAUGGAGGAAAAAGACGUGUACAGAACGUUGGCGGACGUUUUGACUGACAAAACUUUAGAAGAUAUAAAAUCGCGAGUCCUGUAUUUACUAGAAAUGGUUCUGUUAAAUCAAUCGUGAUGUUAUAACAA